AUGAAGGAUGGUGAAGACGCGAUGCAGCAGGGAGAGCCGACAGUACAGCCACUUAUGCAGCCGACAGGACGAGCUGCUGUCGUAGAACCGGCAGGUUAUUUCAUGCCCGGUCCCGAGGUGAGCCGUGUCGAGAUGCGUAUACCGCAGUUCACGCUCGAUAACCCUGAGCUGUGGUUCAGUAUCGUGGACCGCAGUUGUCAGGCGGCCGGAAUUACGGUAGAUACAACAAAGUUCGGGUACGCGUUAACGGCGAUCGAUCCGCGUUAUGCCACCGAAAUUCGCGAUAUUAUAAUGAAUCCGCCGGUAAAACGAGCGUACGAAACUCUGAAGACCGAGUUAAUUAAGCGUCUUAGUUUGUCGCAAGAACAUAAGACCCGUAGAUUACUUGAACACGAGGAAAUUGGUGACAGAAAACCGUCCCAAUUUUUGAGACAUCUCUGCGGUCUUGCCGGAAACGUGGUCGGAGAUCCGGUGCUCCGGACGAUUUGGCUGAGCCGUCUAUUAGCAUAUCUACAGCCACAUCUCGUUACGCGCGCGACGGACACGCUCGAUCAGCUCACGGAUAUCGCGGACACGAUUUUAGAGGCCACUCGAGCGCCCGCGCUCUAG